UCCCAUUCCCAUUCCCAUCCGGUAACGGCAUCCCGCGUCCCUCGGCUCGGAUCGCCGCCGCCCAACGGAGCAGGAGCAGGAGCAGCGAUCCAUCCUAUCCUAGGAGCCAAACCCUAGCCAGCUAUGGAGCCGCCCGCCGCCUCCUCCUCGUCUGAUCCCCACUCCCCGUCUCCGUCUCCUUCUCCCUCCGCCUCCCCGGCCAAGCGCUCCGCCUGGAAGCACCCCGCCCCCAACGACACCGCCGUCAUGGACGCCAACAACUGGCCCGCGCUCUCCGACGCCGCCAAGGGCAACAAGCUCCCGGACUCCUCGGCUCCAUCACCUGCGCCCGUAGCCGCACCAUCGGCCGUUGCCAACUCCUCCAGUUCGCAAAAGCACGGCGCCCAUCACGGCCGCCACAAGUCCGCCAGGCGCAUUGGCGGUGGUGGCGACCACUCUCCACGAGACCAUCCUGACCGGAACGUUGCCGCUGGUUGGGACCAUGCUGCCGGCGGUGGCGGGGGCAGGGGUGCCCAGAGGAACCAUAAUAACGGAGGUGGCAGGAGGGGCAAUGGCGCACCUGCCUCUGCCACUGGGCCUUCUCAUCACGGUUCUGGUGCCGGUGGCGGCAGCGGCGGAGGCUUUGGUGCUAGGCGAAGAGGGGCAUACGAGCCACCAUUCUAUCGUGGCCCUCCACCACCGAUGGGCAUGGGCCACUACAUGAGAGGUGCGCCGCCGCCACCGCCCAUGACUGUCGCACCACCGUUCAUGGGCCCUCCACCGCCACCAGUUUCGUCCAUGCGCCCGUAUGCUGGACCAAUGAUGUUCCAUGACAUGCCAUCUCCCAUGUCUCCUGUAUCCCCCAUAUACUUUUAUGGGCCACCACCACCAGAGGCUCUUAGGGGACUGCCUCUUGCGCCUCCUAUGGUUGGCCCACCUGCUUAUCCAUACUUUCAAGCCCAGCCUGAACCUGAACCUCAGCCUGAUCCUGAGCCUGAUGCGGAAGAGGAACGUGUCAAGCUGCUCAAGCAGAUAGAGUUCUACUUCAGCAAGGAGAACCUAUGCUCAGAUGUGUACCUGAGGCAGCAGAUGGAUGGUCAGGGCUGGGUUGAUUUAUCUCUUAUAGCUGGCUUCAAAAAGGUCCAAGGGCUGAAGAAGGACCUACAAUAUAUAAAAGAGACGGUGCAGUCCUCAUCUGUACUGGAAAUGAAGGAUAAUAAAAUCAGGAAGCACGGAGACUGGGAGAAAUGGGUGAUCCCUCGCGAGAGCAAUCCUGAUGCCCCGUCAAGAUUAGCAUCUGUAUCAAGACCUAAUGUCAAUAACCUGACAUCACAUCUAGGAGGCAUGGGUCUGCAUGAAUCCGCUAGCUCUACUGGCGCAGAGGAGCUGAACCAUCAUGAUGUCGUCCAGAACGGAUCGCCUUCUGGUAAGGAACCGGCAGCUGAAGACAGUUCUGGUCAGCAGGAGUUGCAAUAAGACAGUGGCUCGCCUUCACACCAUGACUGCAGGGGUUUUGUGCCAGAGCACAAAUGAUAGUUUCUUCUUUUUUUUCGGGUUUUUGGGGUUGGUUGGGGGGGGGGGGUUUGGACGAGGUGUGAUAAUGACUCAUGAGGGGCGUGUUAGACUGACAGGCGAAUGUGUUUACCGGGGGUCAGGUAGAUAAGAUUUUGCUUUACCUUGUGGUAUUCAGGCGGAGGGGUAGGGCAGCUGGUGAAGCAGCAGAGAAGGAAGGCGGUGGUUACAUCUGGAGGCGCCUCAGAUGACAUGGAAGACUGAAAAAACAAGUCUAUUGAAGACUGAAAAAGAAGUCAAUUGAAGACUAGCGUAGCGGCCCUGGGCGGCUUUGUUUUCACAGGAUGGUAUUCUGGUGUUGCGAUGAACUAGUCUUCAUCGGGAUGGAUGUUGUAGGACCUUCAGGUUUUUUUUUUAUUUUUUUUAUGGAGGAGCUGAAAGUUUCUGACUUGGGAGAGUGAGGGAGUUUGACUUGUUUUGUUUUUGUGGUGGCGUUAAGUUAAAGUAAGAAGAAGAUGUUAG